UUUGUUUGUGCGCCUAUGUGUGAUAUAUGCAUUUUCUCUUUUACUGCUUGUGCAUAUAUUUAGUUCUAGCAAUUAUAGUUUGAAUUCGGCGAGGAUCCAGCUGAAGAACGUCAGUGAAAAUUUAUGUGGUCUGGGAUGCCGCGUGGAAGAUAACGAGGCAAUAGCAUUUACAUUUACAUAAACCUACGUUUACCGGGAUAUUCCCUGUCCCGGUGUAGCCAGAAAAUAUUAAUUGAGGAGUUUCAGGAAGAGUCCGAGUUGCUGUACGAUUGCGACCUCAAAAUACUGAAGAGUUGGUAGCAGAUGCAGAUUUUGCUGAUUGUGUGGAUUUGCAGCCCGAGCUUAAAAGGUUGAAACUUCGUAAAAACAAUUGGGAGUCAGAUACUUAUGAGUUUGAUGAAGUCCUGACUGAAUUUGCGUCACAAAAGCGUGUCUAUGAAGUUGUUGCCAAACCUGUUGUUGAGAGUGUUUUAGAGGGUUACAAUGGGACAGUGAUGGCUUAUGGUCAAACCGGAACUGGGAAGACGUAUACUCUUGGCCGAUUGGGUGAUGAAGAUACCUCUGCUCGGGGUAUAAUGGUUCGUGCGAUGGAGGAUAUACUUGCAAACAUCUCACCUGAGACUGAUUCUAUUUCAGUUUCAUUCCUGCAGCUUUAUAUGGAAUCCAUCCAAGAUCUACUGAACCCAGCUAAUGAUAAUAUAUCAAUUGUUGAGGACCAGAAAACUGGUGAUGUUUCUUUGCCAGGGGCUACUGUCUGCGAGAUCAGAGACCAGCAAAGUUUCAUUCAACUCUUACGCUUAGGGGAAGCGCAUAGGAUUGCUGCCAACACCAAACUGAACACUGAAUCUUCUCGGAGUCACGCCCUUCUGAUGGUACAUGUCAAGAAGUCUGUAGUGGACAGGGACGAAUUUUGUCUUGAAGCACAAAAUUGCUCAAUUGGUAAUUUGAGGCCUCCUAUACUACGUAAAGGCAAACUGAUCGUGGUAGAUCUUGCUGGUUCCGAACACAUUCACAAAUCAGGAAGCGAGGGUCAUAUGCUAGAAGAAGCCAAGUCUAUAAAUCUUUCACUUAGUGCCUUAGGGAAAUGUAUAAAUGCUUUGGCAGAAAACAGUCCUCAUGUCCCAGUUCGAGAUUCAAAGCUUACAAGGCUACUUAAAGAUUCAUUUGGAGGGACAUCCAGAACUUCAUUAGUUGUCACAAUUGGUCCAUCUCCACGUCAUCGAGCAGAGACUGCAAGUACCAUAAUGUUUGGGCAAAGGGCUAUGAAAGUGGAGAACAUGCUGAAGAUUAAGGAAGAAUUUGACUACAAAAGCUUGGCCAAAAGACUUGAGAUGGAAAUUGAUAAACUUAUGACUGAGAAUGAAAGGCAGCUAAAGGUUUAUGAAAAUGAGAUUGAAAGAAUCAGAUUGGAAGCACAGAAACGUGUAGCUGAGGCUGAAGGGAAUUAUGUGGAAGCCUUAGAGGAGGAGAAAACCAAAUGUCAGAUGGAUUAUAUGGAGUCAAUUAAGAGGCUUGAGGAGAAGUGGACCAUCAACCAGCAAAAGCAUGCAAUUAAUGCAGAGAUUAACAAUGGUGCUGGUAAUGAAAAGGUUGCGGAGCUAAAAAGAUUGCUUCAGGAUGAAGUUUGUCUACGAAAAGCAGCUGAAGAUGAAAUUCAGAAGAUAAAAAAUCAGCUAUAUAGAUUUUCAAAGAUGGAGUUGGCAGGAAGAAACUCUGAUGGCUUUAGCAUUCAUCAAGUGCUGGAAGAGGAGAGUUGUCAGAAAAAGAAACUAGAAGAAGAAGUGAGAGUUUUAAGGAGUCUACUGGCACAAAUAUCUAUUGAAGCUCAUCAAUUCAGGAGCUAUCCAGAUGGAUCCAACUCUGCCAACCCCCUACUUGGUCUAGAUUCCUUAGAACCACUUAAUCAAAUGCGGUCAAGAGAUUGUAAUAAUGGAGAACGAGCAUCUAUUACAAACCUUCAUGAACAAGAUGUUGGUUAUGGCUUUCUAUCAUAUCAUUAUCAUUUCAGGUUAUCUUCUUGUUUUUGUAUUCAUCUGCCACUUGAUAUAACAGUUGGAUUGCAAAAGAUAUUAUCAUUACUUCAGUCUGAGGAUGCUAAUGUACGAACACAUGCGGUAAAAGUGGUAGCCAACUUAGCUGCAGAAGAAGGAAAUCAGGAAAAGAUAGUUGAAGCUGGUGGUCUCACUUCAUUGCUAAUGCUCCUUAGAACAUACGAUGAUGAAACAAUUCAUAGAAUUGCAGCUGGCGCUAUUGCUAAUCUUGCUAUGAAUGAGGCUAACCAAGAGCUCAUAAUGGCCCAAGGUGGAAUCUGUCAGUUAGCUAUGACAGCUACUGAUGCAGAAGAUCCUCAGACUCUAAGAAUGGUUGCUGGAGCAAUAGCUAAUCUCUGUGGCAAUGAUAAACUGCAAAUGAGAUUGAGGUCAGAAGGUGGCAUGAAAGCUCUAUUAGGGAUGGUGAGAUGUAGACAUCCUGAUGUUCUAUCUCAAGUUGCCCGUGGUAUUGCAAAUUUUGCGAAGUGUGAAUCUAGGGCUUCUAGUCAAGUUACAGGAUCAAGGCACGGCCGUUCCCUCCUGAUAGAUGAUGGCGCAUUACCGUGGAUAGUACAAAAUGCCAACAGCGAAGCUUCACUGAUCAGGCGCCAUGUCGAGCUUGCACUCUGCCACCUCGCACAGCAUGAGGUGAAUGCAAAAGACAUGAUCAGCAGAGGAGCCCUUUGGGAGCUAGUUCGUAUUUCGCGGGACUGUUCUAGGGCGGAUAUAAGGGCCCUUGCUCGUCGAACUCUGACCUCAAGUUCCACAUUUCAGUCUGAACUGCGACGCCUAAGGAUCGAGGUUUAGUUAACUGUCUUUCCAUAUAUGCAUAAUAAUGGAGUAUAUAUUUUGCACAUCUGCUAACCACUACUAGACUGAUAGAUCUUCUGCUACAAAAUAUCGAGGCUUUGAUUUCGUAGUAGUAUUAUAGUGGUUAUUUUUAUUCAUUUUCAUCAAGUUAUAUUUGUCCCAUAUUUAUCGAGGUUUUGAUUUCGUAGUAGUAUUAUAGUGUAGUUGCUUCAGCUAAAAUUUUGUACCAUUGAAUUAUUGUAUAGCUGAUGUAUAUAUGAAAAAUACUUUAUGGAA